AUGGAAUGGGUCAGAGUAAUACGGGUGCCUCCACUUCCUGCUCUGUUCUCCAAGGCCGGUGGCAGUGCUGCUUAUGUAACUAGGGUUCGUCACGGGGUCACUGGUGUUUGUCUGGCCUCACGGAAGUGAAGCUGGCAGCCAAGACAAAGUGUUGGAACGUGUUUUCGACUACAAACGAGCUUAGUCCAGUGGCUUAGGUCUUAUUGUUUUUCUAUCUGAUUUAAUAGUUAGUUUGGCCGGGUUUCUGUCUGAACAUUUGUGAUGGAACUGUUUAUUUUUGUUAUGCUAGUUUAGCCGAUGUAAAAUGGCUAGCUAGUUAGCUGUGCGCGCUAGUAGCGUUCAAUCGGUGACGUGACCUGCUCUGAGACCUUGAAUUAGUUGUUUGUGGAGUGACUGAUAACAAUGCUUUGUGGGUGACAGUUGUAAGUGUGUUCAGAGGGUCCUUAGUUCGAGCUCAGGUUGAGUCAAGGAAGAGGGACGGAAGCAACACUGUUACACUAGGUCCCUGACCCUCACACAUUCAGUAUUUUGCAUUGUUAUAUCAAAGGUAAGGUGUUCUUCUGUGGAGGCUAAUGUGUCUGUUGUGUCCUAGUGUGGCUGUAUCCAGAUGGAGGCUUUUACGGUGGUUUUCUGUAGCACUUCACCUACACAACAAGCCCUAACUACAACUAAGCCUAGAAUCUUCCAUUCUGGAACAGUCAGAAUUAGAAAUGGGUGACAAUAUCACUACCCUCUGCUAUAGUUCCUGCUUGUGGGAUUUCUUCCUCCCAUGUUUAUAUUUUCCCUUCAGUCUCCUUGGAGACCGUUACCAUGGCGUGGCAGCGGAGCUGUCAAUCUUGGACCUAAUCAUAGGUGUCAGAGCACUUGCUACAUUACCUGCCCACCUGUCUCGAACCACAGCUUCCCACAUGUCUGUCUGAUACAGCUGGAGACAAUCCAAGCCAUCUAGGACUAAAUAAGCCAAUGCCAUUUCAUAUGUUCUGUGUGGUAUGUUUGGUUAAACAUCAGUUUAUGAAAGGUUUUACAUUAAAACAGUAGCCUAUCUCAUAUAUCAUGAGUAUCAUGCCAUUUGUUAGUUGUUACAGCGUAUUACUGCAAUAAUGGCUUGGCUAAAGCUACAUUGGUGUCCCUGCGAGACUCAAAUCCACCGGUUUAGCGGGAACGCUAAUCUAUUUUACCGAGCUCAGACUUCAGUGUGAGACUCUUUGACCAAGAGACAAAGUGGUGAGUUGUAACUACAGAGUGGAGAUGAUUGAGUGAAUGCGGCACUCCUUUCACUGUGAACACUGAGGUAAGAUUAGCUUCUGUAUGCCAGGGGAGGUGUGUACUGUAGUAAAGUAGCCUGAGGUAAAGCUUUUCACUGUAGCUCUGGUAAAAAAAAUGCGGCAGUACUGCCACCAGCUGGUGAUGGAGAAAAUAUUUAUAAACCAUAGACUAUGGUAUGAUGGGUAUCAUACAGUGCCUAGUGAAAGUCUACAUGCCCCUUGCACAGUCUUCACAUUUUGCUGCCUUAAAAUUACUUUAAAAAAUUGAUUACAAUUUUUUCCUAGCGAUAUACACAACCUACUCCACAUUUCCAAAGUGAAAGACAAAUGUAUAUACAUUUUUCCAAAUGAAUGCAAAAUAAAACAUGAAGAUGUCUUGAUUGUGUAUGUCUUCACACCCCAGAGUUAACACUUGGUGGAAGCAUCUUAUGCACCCAUUACAGCUGUGAAUCCUUUUGAAAAGAUUCUACCAACUUUUCACAACUCUUAGGGCAACAUAGAUUGUUUUUGUCAAAACAAGCAGAUUUAAGUCAGGACUGAGACCGGACCAUUUAGAAACACUGGAAAGCCGUCUUUGGCAUAAGAAAUUGUCUAAUUGUCUGGCUGAAAAAUAAAACUCUAUCCCAGGGUUAGUUAUUCAGACGACUGAGACAGGGUUUCCUCUUACUUUUUAUCUGGACUUUGCUCCUUUCAUAUUUAUUUCGAUCCUGACAAACUCCCCAGUCCCUGCCGGUGGCAAGCAUACCCAUAACAUGAUGCUGCCACCACAAUACAUGGAAAUAUAAAAGGAUCAAGAACACUGCAUUUACUCCACAUUACUGGCCUUUGUUAAAAAUAGAUCUACCUCAAAUCAUCCAUUCUGUUUGCAACAAGGCUGUUAAGUAAUACUGCAAGACAACACAGCAAAUAAAUUAACAUUUUGGCCUAAAUUAAAAACUACAGGCUUGGGUCAAAUCCAAAACAACACGGAAGUGAAACCCUCUGUAUUGUCAAGUAUUGUGGUGGCAGACUCGUGUUAUGGGUGUGAUUUUCACUGGAAGGGACUGGGGAGUUUGUCAGAAUCAAAAUAAGUAUGAAUGGAGAAAAGCCAAAGUAAAGAGUUAGAGGAAAACCUGCCUCAGUCUUAUGAAAAUCUAACCCUGGGAUAGUUUUAUUUUUCAGCCAGACAAUUACACAAUUUUUUAUGCCAAAGACACACCAGAACGGCUUUCCAAUAAGUGUUGUGUUCAUGAGUGGUCCAGUCACAGUCCUGACUUAAAUUUGCUUAAAUCAGAGAAAAGGUUUGAAUAUUGCUGUACAUCAAUGACUCCCAACCAAAUUUACAGAGCUUGAGCAAUUUUGACAAAAACAAUGGAUAAAUAUUGCCCUAACAGUUGUGCAAAGUUAGUAGAAUUUUAUUUAAAAUGAUUCAUAGCUGUAUUGGCUGUCAAAGGUGCUUCCACCAAGUAUUAACUCUGGGGUGUGAAGACAUAUUGGUCGUUCCAUGAAAAGGGUCCCUUUGAUAUUUUAAGUAGACAUUUUGCACAAAUAUUGCAUUUUAAAAGCCUGUUAUAUUAAAUGAAGUGCCCUUUUCAUAUAGACCACAUGGAAAAUUCAAUAAAUCAGAUUUUUUAUAUGAAUAAAGACUCACUAAAGUGCCAAAAUGUAAUUGACAAGUCACUUAACCCCAACAUUUCUCCAAGGUUUCACCAUCAUUGUAAAGCCCUAGUUAUGUUGUUGCUUUUACAAAGUCAUUUCUGAAGAUUAUUAUUUAUUUCAUGUGAUUUAGUGAUUCAUUUUAAGGGAAAAAAAACAACACCUAUAGUGAAACUAGUCCUUUAAAAAAAUUUUUUUUUCAAAACAAACAUUGAACAUCUAAUAGUCAAAUCAUAGUGUAAAAGCAGGUGAGCUGGUUCUACUCUUUUUGUGGUGGAAAACGGAGGUGGUUGAGCAUAACAUGUCAACCCUGGUACCCAUAGAUAGACAGGCUAGAAAUGUUGUAACAAUUUCAUUUUUUUGUGAAGCUUGCAUUCAAUUGCCCCUCCCUGUUGCACACAACAAGCUUCCAUUCCGUCUGUCACGAGGGGAUUUACGGCUGAUUUUAAGAUGAAGUCAUCAACCCUGUUACUGCCAACCCUGUUACUUUAUUUGGCUGUUAUUAAUGGGAACUUACUAUAGUAUUUUUAAUUGAACCUCUUGAGAUGGGGAAAAUUGUUUUUUAUUAAGUUGAGCAUGUGCUCUUUAUGACAGAAUGUAAAAAUUUGGUGACAUUUCUUAAUUUUUAUUUAUUUAGAAAAUGUAAAAUAAUUUGUCUUUCACUUUGAAAACGUGGAGUAGGUUGUGUAGAUCGGUAGGGGGGAAAAUUACAUUACAUUUUAAGGCAGCAAAAUGUAAAGACUGUGCAAGGGGUGUGUAGACUUUCACUAGCGACUGUAUAUGAUGGGUUGUGCAUUUGAUUAGUUGGUACAAAUGUGUUAAUGAAUAUGUUUCACAUGUUUUGUCAGUGUGUAGUGUCAUAACUUUGCUUACUGCCUCCUCCAUCCAUGGUUUAUUGACUUACUCUGUGUAGCCAAGCAUUCUCUGAUAAGUAGGACUCUUUGGCCUUUGGAACUGUAGUGUUUCACAAAAUGGCAACUAUUCAUACAGUACAGAGAGACACUAAUGGAUCGUGUGGAUGAAGACGAUUUAGGCUAUGUAUUUCACUUGAGAAAAUUACCUGAUGGCAUUUUACCAUGUCAAAAAUAUCUAUUACUUUCUUUUCGGCAAACAUAUGGGAGAUGGCAGCACACACAGGCCCCACAUCCCCAUGCAUAGGUAAUGAGAUAUUAUAUCUGUAUGUGGUGGGUGAUAUGCAGAGUGGCUUGUUGUGUAAACUAAAGCCUCAGCUGACUGCCUGAUUAUUUAUGUUCCUGUAGGAUUGACAUGCUCUUUACCUCAGCAGCCUCCGCUCCCCUUCACAUCACACCAGUUGUUCGCUCUCUCUCGUUCUCUUUGCGCUCUCUCUCGCUCUCUCUGCUCUCUCUGUUUCUCUGCUCUGCUCUGCUCUCUCUCUCUGCUCUUCUCUCUCUGCUCUGCUCUCUCUGCUCUGCUCUGUCUGGGCUCGGUCUUUCUCUGCUCUCUCUCUUGCUCUCUCUCUGUUUCUCUGCUCUGCUCUGCUCUCUCGCUCUCUCUCUUGCUCUCUCUCUCUGUUUCUCUGCUCUCUCUCUUGCUCUCUCUCUGUUUCUCUGCUCUGCUCUGCUCUCUUGCUCGCUCUCUCUGCUCUGCUCUCUCUGGGCUCUGUCUUUCUCUGCUCUCUCUCUUGCUCUCUAUCUCGGUCUCUCUUCUGUUUAUCUUGCAGACAUCUGUCUGUCCUAUAGGGCAGGUCAUAUGCAGGCCAUAGGAAUUACAGUAUCACAGUCUGUAAUAGUGACAAUUGCAAAUGUAUACUAUAUACUGUAUGUGGACACCCCUUCAAAUUAGUGGAUUCGGCUAUUUCAGCCACACCCAGUUGCUUACUGGUGUAUAAAACGGUUAGUCGGUAGCUUCAUGAAAUGGGUUUCCAUGAACGAGCAGCCGCACACAAGCCUAAAAUCCCCAUGCGCAAUGCCAGGCGUCGGCUGGAGUGGUAUAAAGCUCACCACCAUUGGACUCUGGAGCAGUGGAAACGCGUUCUCUGGAGUGAUGAAUCACGCUUCUCCAUCUGGCAGUCCGACGGACUAAUCUAGGUUUGGUGGAUGCCAGGAGAACGCUACCUGCCCCAAUGCAUAGUGCCAACUGUAAAGUUUGGUAGAGGAGGAAUAAUGGUCUGGGGCUGUUUUUCAUGGUUUGGGCUAGGUCCCUUAGUUCCAGUGAAGGGAAAUCUUAACGCUACAGCAUACAAUGACAUUCUAGAUGAUUCUGUGCUUCCAACUUUGUGGCAACAGUUUGGGGAAGGCCCUUUCCUGUUUCAGCAUGACAAUGCCCCCGUGCAUAAAGCGAGGUCCAUACAGAAAUGGUUUGUCGAGAUUGUUGUGGAAGAACUUGACUGGCCUGCACAGAGCCCUGACCUCAACCCCACUGAACAUCUUUGGGAUGAAUUGGUACGCUGACUGCGACCCAGGCCUAAUCACCCAACAUCAGUGCCCAACCUCACUAAUGCUCUUGUGGCUGAAUGGAUGCAAGUCCCUGCAGCAAUGUUCCAACAUCUAGUGGAAAGCCUUCCCAGAAGAAUGGAGUCUGUUAUAGCUGCAAAGGGGGGACCAACUCCAUAUUAAUACCCAUGAUUUUGGAAUGAGAUGUUCCACAAGCUGGUGCCCACAUACUUUUUGGUCAUGUAGUGCAUCUUCUAUUACCCUGUAGAUUUCAAAAUAGACACAUGGUGGCGCUCUAACCCAAUUAUUUGACACUAGCCCCUCUUAGCCCUUGAUGCAGUGCAAGACAAGAUGUUUUCUAAUGUGAGGAGUUACUGCAGUGUUUGUGAUCCCAGGUGGUAUCCCUAUGUUAGAGGAUAGGUAGCAGCAAGUAGCCCAGGCUGCAUGACAACAUUUAGAACACUGUCCUCUCCACGGCUUGGAGACCCAACUAGGUUGGUAGAGCAUGGAACUUGCAACGCCAGGCUUGUGGGUUCAAUUCCCUCUGGGGCCACCCAUAUAAAAAAUGUAUGCAUGCACUACUGUAAAUCACUUUGGAUAAAAGUGUCUGCUUAAUGGCAUAUUUUAUUAAACAAACAGGUUAUGCUAAUUAAUCCAAAGUGGUUUGAGUAAUAACUGACUCCACAUUAUACAUGUCAAUGCUAUGGUAAGAUUUGCACAUCAAUGUCAGGGUUGAUGCAUGUGCUAUUAUGAUUUUGGGAUGUUUUGAUUGGAGACAAACAUGUGGGAAAUAAAGACAGUUGUUAAAUAUCUCAAUCAAUGUCCUUCAUCUUAGUUUGCAGUGGUACCUGAAGGAUGUGUAGCUGAAGUUGGCAUGUGUAUCACUACCAGCAUGGUUCGGAGUUUGGGAGUGGUCGCUCUCCCUCCGCAACGUCUUCUAUGUUCUACUGUCCAUCACCUCCAGAGGGCGCUCAAUGCAUUCUGCAUAGAUACAGGCACGUCUGUACCAAGAACCAUCAUCUCCCCAAACCUCAGCAAGCUCCACUGUGCCCCACCCUUAAUCCUGUGAGGGUUCUUCUCAAAAUACCAACACACAUACUGAUCUGUGUUACUUAAAUGUGCAGAGUACUCUAUGUGCUUUUCAUCUAAAAUGUCAAACACUGUCUCUCAGAAAUGCUGAUAGGCCUACAUUCUGCCGCCUAUAGAGUGUGAUUUGAAGGAUGCUGUGUAGCGUCCAUGACUCCGACACAGUCAAAAGGUAAUUGAUGUGAUGAUGGUUUGGGGCUGUUUGCAGUGACUGGGGCUGGAGUUGGAGAGCUGCCUGGAGAGGAGGAGGUGUGACCUAUGACAUGCAGCCUGUGCCCCACUUCACCCCCACCCCUCACUAACUACCACCCCACAGGCAGGAGUUGGAGGAUUUGGGGCUGUGGGGAAGUGUUGCUCUCUGCCCCAUUACACCCCAUUUGUAGCUGUCUGCAUGGAGGUCACCAGGUCAGCCCUUAUCCACAGCACUGCAGUGAUCCAGAGGUUGCUUUGUCGACUUUUGAAUUAAUAGUAUAGCCAUUGCGUCUUGAAGAAUAGACCUAUAACUGUUUACCAAAAAAGUGCCGGGGUGACCUUUGUAGUUGUUUGAAUCCCAGAUUGCUCAUUUACAUGUUUAUUACAUAAACAUUUGAUAAUUAGGUAUAUUACAUGAUGUCAAGUGUAAAGUAGUCUACAGUUUUUAGAUAAUCCUUUGGGACAGUAGCCUAACACACACACACACACACACACAGUGUGUGCUUGAUGAGGAAAUAUGUAUUGAUGAAAAAGUGUUUGUUUCAAAAGCCCUGUGUAUGUAUGUGUGUGUGUGUGUGUGUGUAGCCUAGCCUACUGUAGUUGUUUCCAUGGUUUCUGGCUUUGAUCAGGUGCAGUUCAUAGAGGAGGGCUUAGCUGAAGCUCCUGGUUUCAUCUCCCUCUCUCUCUGUGAUUUCUGCUGCUUUGGUUUGCUCUUUGGAUUUCAAAGGUUUAUUUUUAUCUCAAAAUAUGCUGUUUUUUUUUGAUGAAUUGUAGUGCCUCAAUCUGUGUUGAAUUGUAAAAGUAGUAGGCUACUUUGUGAUGCAAAGCAGGAGAAAAACAUGACUGCAGUUAUCCUCCUCAAUCAGCAAGGUGCUAGAGAUGCAGUGGAAUUGUUAUGGUGAGAUGUAGCCUAAUAUUGCAUGAUGAUGAUGCUGACUGAGUGGCAUUAGCUGUCAGUCAUGAUAUCUACUGUGGUUGUUAUGGUUUGAUCUCUGUGUAUUUGACUUGUUUGAAGGUUUGUUUUUAUUUUGCCAGUUAAAUCUGGUUGGGGCACUUUUUAUGGUGUUUACUGCAAUAUAGCACACGGAGGGGUGUGGCUACGGGUGUAAUCAAGUUCAAACCAUAAACAAACAAACUGCAUGCCCCCUGCCCAGGGCCCCCCUCCCUCCCUCCCCUCACCUCACCAUGUGCCCCAGUAAGCUCCCAGAGUCAGCUGGGUGGGGUUGACUCCCUGGGGAGGGUAUGGGGGCUGGGGCAAUGCGUGCCAGCCCCAUUUGGGAAGUUCUUCCCCCUUUUCUGCCUGUCCGAUCGGGCUAGCGUCAGCGAGCUCCGGCGGGUCCGGGCCUGGCUGACUGGGCUAAUGCGAUGUGGCGUGUCACCCGGAGAAUCUAGGUCAAGUUUUAAGCUGCCUCUCUCUGCUCUGCUCCCACUACUGCAGCACUCUGACUGAUGCUCCGCCAUUCCUCCCGAAAAUACACACCCACACGCACAUAUUACACAUAUUAUAGACACAGUCCUACAUCCGUAUCUAAAUACACAUUCAAAUCAUUUCUAUCAAAUAUGUACGUAUACAUUUUUACACACGUACACAAACACACAACUCUCUCCCCAUCCCCCCUCGAAGCCCCAGGCGAGCGCUCAGCCUCUCCACGGCAUUGCCCACGUGAUGCGGCGGGCUGUCUGAGUCUGUGGCGGGAGGGGAUGGAAGAAGGGAGGGCGUUGUUUUUCCCGCUGGCUGGGCAUCACUGCCGUAGUAAGACUGGGUUGGCACGUGGACCCUCAUGCUGCUGCAGAGAGAGAGCAGCGUAGUAGUAGUGGAAUAUCAGCACUAUCCUCCAUUACCCUGCAGCCCUGAGCUGUUUUUAUAGGACGCCACUGCAGACCCGGAGCCUCCAGCCCAGGACUGUUUUGAUGGGUUUCCACGGAGGGGGUAUGGUGGUGUGUGUGUGUGUGUGACUCUGGGAGUGCCAUCCAGGGGUCACCACGUUCAAUGGGCGUGGCACUAAAUAUUGGGAUCUUCUUCAGUACUGAUGCUGCUGAGGUCUCAUCACUCAUGUUGGUUUUGUUAUUCCUCCACAAUGUCAUUAUCAUAGGCUGUGCCAGUCCACUCACAUUUUUACAUUUAAAUAAUCAAAACAAUUUAGAAUUGACAGCAAUUUGGAAAAAUACAAGUCGCAAUUUGUUUAGUGAAAUUGUGCAGUUAGUUCAGUGAGCGGGAUAGUGCUGGGUGCUGGAAAAAAAUUCCUUCACUGCUUGUUCACCAGAUCCCCUCGCUCCCCUCCUAAUCCUCUGUUUUUGGCGCAUUACCUCAUCUGUAUUAAUAUAUUCAUGUGCGUUCAGGUCUUACUACUGUACCGUCUCCUCUCCCGGAGCUCGUGUCUGAUUGGCUACCCACUUGUUUUCAAUGGUACCAGCUUUUUGGGAUUCCAUGGAUACAGCGCAUGGUUGGGCAAAGCGGCUCAGCCAAUGGGAGAGUGUCGUUGAGCUCGCGGUUGUGAAGCAGUGCCCCCUGGCCCUAGACGAACCCCCCUCCCCUUCCUCUCUGAGGGCACGCGAUCGCCCAGUGGGGGGGUCCAAAACAAAAACAACUCCAUCCUGUCCUCUGUCCACGGGGUCGGGGCUCCCACUAACAUAGCAGAACCUCCAAUACCAAGGGAGGGGCUCAAAACCACUCCACUCCUGUCUCUUAUCUUGCAUUCCUCUACUCUAAACACUUCCAAUGCUCUAAUCCACUUCACACACCCAUUAUUUAAAGCAAUUGAUCAUUACCACCAACCAUUUACCAUAACCAUUUACCAUUUAUCACUGGAACAUACACUUAUAAUUUCUAAUGGACCAGUAGAUGUAUGAUAUAUAUAUAUAUAGGCUUUUUGGUUACCAUUAAUAGGUUUAGCUUUUCAUUUGGUUUCAAUGUGAACCUGGGGUCUGUAAUUCAACGUUCACCAAAAUAAAUUCUGCUGGCGCGGGAAAAAAACUGGAAAACUGUCCUCAUUUCAACUCUCAUUAGGUUUUACGUAAGCUGGAGGAUCCUCUCUUGGACUUUGAAAUGCGAAGCCGAAGCCACCGCAAAUCCCCAGUCCUUAAAAUGACCUCAUUGCAGACUGAGGGAUGGCGCUGUGGGCCUUUGGUGCUGGCAGCGUUGGCAGUGCCCGUGUUUUGCUCUCUGAGCCUGAUGGUGGCACCACGACCACGCCUCCUACUGCUCAGCUCAGUCACUCUGCCUCUCUGAAAGGGGGCAGUAGAGAACUAGGGGAAAUGCAUAGGUAGCCAGGGCUCACUCACACUGUGCAUGUAGGCUAGUAGGCCUAUUCAUUCAACAGCAGGGUGAGGUGACUGCACCCCUCCCCCUCAAUCUGAGGAAAACCAGCGGGGUGAUUCCUCCCUUCUCUUCCUCUCAUCGCUCUGUUCGCUAUGUGGCUACCACAGGUAUCAGCUAGUAGGAAGACAGCCAGUGAGUUUCCAAUGAGGUGCCAGGGUGUAGCGCCACCAUUCAGGUCUCGUUAGUGGAGAGUGUUAGGACGGGGCCGGGCAUGGCAGGAGGCAGGUGGGCAGUGGGUCACAUGGAAACAGGGUAAGUGUGCAGGGAGAGGGAGAGAUUACUAGUGUAGACACAGGUAGAGGCAAUGUGUCCUGGAUGCCACCUUCAAAUGAUUAAACCAACAUUUGCAGAAAAUGGCUUUAAAAGGAUAAUUGUAUUUAUUCAUCAUUACUAAUUCAACCACAAGAAGGGAACAUUUGUUGGUUGUUACUAGCCUAUAGCUUUAUCUUGUCUCUAGACAUCACUUUGUCACUUACCUUGCUUUCUGCACUCACUCAUUCACAAUCCCUUGUUGGCAAAGACUUUCGACUUGCCACUGAGUCCCACUCGGUCACCGAGUUCGUUUUAACCUGCCACCAGUAAUCAGACUAUUCACCCUGUCACCAAGGUUAAGUGUCUCAGCCAUCUUCAGCCUGUCACAAAGGUGUCACCUGGCUGGCACCGGUCUACAUCACUCUGUCACUGUCACUACUAGCCAGCAGCAGCACUUGAAUGUCCAAGACAAAUUAACCUUCCCUCUACCCCUGAUCCAAUGCCAUUUCCUAGGAGUCUUGACCUUUGUCUCUCAGCACAGUACAAACCGACCAGGUCUCUGUGCACUCCAGCAAGGUGUUGUCACUCCUGAUUACAUAACACACAGCUCCAGACGGCGAGACAUUAUGACCUACAUCCCGCUGGCUGCCUGGCGUUUGGCUGUCUGUCUCAGCCUACGGCGGAAGAGGAGGUACAGGUGUAAAACUGCCUGUAGCAUAGCCAAGUCAUAUAGACUAUAGGAGCAUUAUUGUACAGUAUUAUGACUCUAGUCUGACCACUCAUAGGCCCGUAUUCACAAAGCUUCUCAGAGUAAGAGUGCUGAUCUAGGAUCAGUUUUGCCUUUUGAAUAAUAUAGUGAAUAAGCUACUACUUAGCUACCAACCUGAUCCCAGAUCAGCACUCCUACUCUAAGAAGCUUUGUGAAUACGGGCAACAGACUACAGUCAUAGUAGGAGCACUCAUAGACUACAGUCAAAAUACUGUAGCAGCAAUCAGACUUCUACAGCCCCUGAGACUGGGCAGUGUGAAUGCUCCAGUUUGUCUGAUUCUCCAGAACUGUACAUGUUUGUGUGCUCCUUAUUUUCCCUAUUUAAUCUAUUUCCUCAACAUGGCUUUUUAUGGAAUGACUCAGUGCUGUGACAGACAGUCUAAAUUGUACCUCAGGACUGGAAAGUGUUGUUGUACAGUAGCGCAUACAGAAUGUGUAGUCCUGUACCAUACUCCUACUCACUGUCCUCAAUAUGAGUAAUUGGCUAGGAAUGAACUUUGACGACAUGCUUUGGAAUAAGCUCUAACUAAUGUGUUCAGCCCUGUCAGUAUUAAGAACAUCCAUAGGGAUGUGUCUCUGUCUGUGUGCACACAACACGGGAGACUCUUACCCAACAGUGCCGACAGCAGGGGUUCCUUCUCCCACUGUUCCAACUAGAUAAGAACUGUACAGCAGUGGUUUACCUCGGCUCGGUUUGGGGUUGGUUUUACUGUGUUUUCCAGGUACUGGGUGAAUCUGUGGCCUUCAUAUUGACAGCAGAGAGCGAGAGAGAGAGGCUGGGGAAGGAUAGGGGGCUUAGUUCUCACACUACUCCAUCUGAGGUGAGAUUAUCUCCCCUCCCCACACGCCCCUCUGCCCUCCUUUUCCAGGAAUCGACUGCCUCGCUUCUGGGAAAUCUGACUGGUUGCAAACAACUAGAGAUUACAAUUCAGUGUUUUUGAAGCAAUGUUUUUUUGUUGUUGAGUGAUUGGAAUAUGUUCGCGUGAGUGCCUGUCUGUUUCCGUUUUCUUGCCAACCCUGUGUGGAAUUGUUAUACCAAAUUGCCAUGUUUUUGGCAUGACAAUGGGAACAUGGAGCUGGCAAGAGAGCAGAAACAGACUGGCACUCAGGCUAGGAAAAUGUACACCAUGGGGGUUCAUGUGAGAUUCACAAACAGUGCAAAGUCCUAAAUGUCUCACUUUUGUACUGGGAAUCAGAUCAUGGUAAGACAUCAUGGUCAUUUCCUAUUGUAGAGACAGUCGUUGGUCGGGAUUUAAACUCUGAACCCUGUUAGGUUCACAUCUGAAUUUAUCCAUGUGCAUGUACAGUGUGUGUGGCCCUCUCUCCCUAAGGAACAUAGAAGCUAAUUUAACAGACAAGUUUGCAUAUAACGGCUGUUAGCAAUCGCUAGAUGUAAAUGCUUAUCAGGAGGGAAUUGAGAAAAGCGGAGAAGUCACACUCGGUUGGACUUCUUCUCCGAGGCAGAGUGAUUCCCCUGUAUCGGAUACUAUUUUAGGAGGGGGGUGGGCUUUUUGGGGACAUCUGGUGGGCCAGGGCUCGGCACAGGAAAACCACACAGGGUCUCAGAGGGCCCAUCUGGAGGGUCUGGGCUACAGGGUUCGGGGCACUGGAGCACAGAGGAGGAACAUGAAGGGCACCAGGGUUGUGUGCCCCCUCAAUACCACAAGACUUAGCUACCAACACAAUGAAGUUGAAUCUUAUUGUUGUGUUUUCUCUAUUUGUCUCCGUAGGCAUCGUAACAUGGGGAACCUGCUAAAAGUUCUGACUUGCACAGAUCUGGAACAAGAGCCAAAUUUUUUCCUCGAUUUUGAAAGUGAGUUUCAUUACCAUCUCGCUCUUCACACUUGAGCUUCCAAUCUUACCUAUUUUAGCUGUGGCUCUUCUUACCUCUCCUCACCUCCUCGUCUGUCUCUGUUCUGCCCAGAGGCUACAGAACCUAAUCUAUUUCCCAUUUGCAUCAUCAGCUCUUCUGUUAGCUAUGCUGUUGCCAUUGGGGGUGUCUGGAUUGGAAAAACAAUCAGAAUGGAGAUGUAGGCCUGCAGACUAGAGCCUCUUCACCUCUAUUUGUAGACUCCCUCCCAGACAUAGAAAAACCCACUUGACUGUCUUCCUGUGUCCACUAGAUGCCCAGCCCACGGACGCAGAACGAGAGGUGUGGGAGCAGGUGGACCUGGUGCUGAAGGACGCACGGGGAAUCCUGGACGAACUGCAAGCAUACAAGGGAGCUGGUCAGGAGAUUAGAGAGGUACAGGAUUUUGGGAGAAGGGCCCGUUUUCUCAAAGUAUCUCAGAUUAGCAGAGUGCUGAUCUAGGAUCAGGUCCCCCCUGUCCAAGUAAUCUUAUUCAUUAUGUUCUAAAACAGAACCUAGAUGAGCCCUCCUACUCUUUAUGAAUACGGGCCCACGUCAGGAGAUCAGAGAUACAAGACCCAAAAGGACUCUUAAACAUUCAUUAGAAACUGGGUGGUUCGAGCCCUGAAUGCUGAUUGGCUGAAAGCCCUGGUAUAUCAUAUACCACGGGUAUGACAAAAAAAAUGUUUAUACAACUAAUUACGUUGGUAGCCAGUUUAUAAUAGCAAUAAGGCACCUCGGGGGUUUGUGGUAUAUGGCCAAUAUACCAUGGCUAAGGGCUGUUUCCAGGUAAGAACAGCCCUUAGCCAUGGUAUAUUGGCCAUAUACCACAACACCUAGGGCCUUAUUGCUUAAUUAUAGACCAGUGGCUUGAUCAGGCUCCAGAAGUUGAUUAAACUACUCUAUCUUCAGACUUGAUAAAACAUCUCGUUUUUCCUGUCUGCCAGGCGAUCCAGAACCCCAGCGACGAGGCGUUACAGGAAGCAGCAUGGGAAGCCGUGGUCCACCUGGUGGGGAAACUCAAGAAGUUCUACCAGUUCUCCCAGAGAUUAGGUAUGUGCCUGGGGCCUAAUUUUAGGAUCAGUUUAACCUUUUUAUGGUCCCAAUUAAUAAAGAUGACAUUGACCGGCGAGACCUGAUCCUAGACCAGCACUCCUACUCUGAGACGAGUGAUACGGCCCCUGUCCCGUGCUUCAGGUUAAAUAUGUAGCCCUACAAUACAACACCCACACCUGACUGAGACUAGUGAUGUGCGUCCUUCAGAGCUUUGGUACACAAUGUCCUAAUGCAAAAGGUUAGAUACACGCCUGUACCAGAGGUUGACUAGCUCCAGCUCCUCUAGAGGUUAUAUGUAAGAGACACACACCUCUCAUGACCUUAGCCGUCUGCAUGCUCGAUCACAUCGGCGAUAUCGACUGCUGAGCUGCAGGAAAUUAACACGCAUGCCCACGCACACACUCCUAGCCCACACAAACAAACAUGCAGGGCAAACCCCCAUAGCCUUGCAUUCAUUAACAUGAUGCUUGCUUGCGUUGCACUCUGACUAGACCUGAUACUCCCCUCCUCCCAGAGCUGAGGACUCCUCAUUAUCAUGGAGAGAGAGAGGAGAGAGGGGGAUGCUAGCCUAGUGCUGCCGUGCCUGUGACCCCCAGGGAGAGAGGAGCAGCCCGCCCCCUCCUUUGCCGACCUUAACCCCUUAAUCUAGUAGUGGCAGGCUGAGACUGCAGUCUCUGGGGGGGCGUCAUGGUGCUGGUUGGAGGAGGUGUGUGUGUGGGUCACGUUAGCUUUCAAAGUCUGCAUUAUCAAAACGCAGACCCUCCAAAAAUACUGCGUUAAUAGAUUUCACCUGCAUUCUAAUUAAACUAACAGACAUUACAUACAUGGCUCCACUCAGUGUUCUAGAAUGCAGGAAAAUAUGGGUCAGUUCAAGAGGGUGCUAUCUAAAAACAACAGUUUUCUUUACCCUAUGUCAUUAUAAUCAAAUACAAUAAUCAUUCAUCUGAAUGAUAUUAUAGUCUUAAUAUGCUUGUACUCGACAGUGUUGAUGAAAUACGAACGCUAUACUGUAGGUGCAUUGGAAAAAUGACACGCAUAAUUAAUUAUGAAUACGAUUUAUUUGAUUUAGUUAUUUUAUGUUCUCCAUUGUAACCACAAUGUAACAAAUAAUCUAACUGGUUCGAACUUUAGCAAACAAACUAGUGUGAAAUUGGCCACGUAAACAUUCUCUACAUAGAAUGUGAGCACUUAGCCUAUCUUACCACCUCAUCUCCCUCUGUUGCUCUCUAUGGUAAAAAUGGUGCGUGCCCUAGAAAAGUGUAAAAUUUCGGGAUACCGGUGCCCCCAUUUGAAAUUGUCAUUAGUUUCUCUAGGUGAUCACUGCCUAUGCGGGAGUGUUUCUUGGUCAGAAUUCCAUUUGAGAGCUGAGCGUGCGCUGGGAACACAUCGGCAAAUCUUGAAUGAGAGUUCCCGCCACACACACCCUCCCUGCAGGCAGGCAGAGAGAGAGAGAGUGUGGUUUGGAGGAUGGAUGAGACGUUUUGGAGAAUUGCAGCGAGUCUAUUUAAAUAUAACAAGUUGGAACUUGAAAUUGAAUGUAAUGGUGAAAUAUACCUGCAUUUUCAGAAUGCAAUACUUUUUUCCUGUGUGAAAAACGCUGAAUUCUGGUGUGUGUGUGUGUGUGUGUUAUGUAAUGAAGUAGGUCAUCUCCCCGCCCCACGGGUCCGUCCACUCCACUGCUCUGACUCUGGGGGCCACCUUCGCCUUAGCUGCCUCAUGCGAGACGCUCUCCUCCUCCCCCUCCAGACAUGAUAGUGCUUCGAUUCAGAUACUAGGCCUAAAAGCAGCCCCAUCUCAACUUCUGUUUUGACUGGGGGGGAUAAAAUAGUGCAUCACUAAGGCCAUUUUAAAUCAGCCCCCUUCUCCUCGCUGCUGCAGCAGCAGCAAUACGCUGGCCCAAGCAGAUGGCGGUCAUCACAAAAUAGCCAACGUGCUCAAUUUACUGGACUGCUCUGACUGCACUGCCAGCUCGCAUUCCGCCUCUGAAAAACCUCCCUCUGCGGAUCUCUGUCUCUAUCUUAAGUGAGCAUCAUGGCCAAAGGUCUCCAUUUGUUUUUGUCUGGGUUAUGGCGGUGUGCGUAUCUGUAUAUGUACUGAAAGUGGUAAGAUAAGAGUUAAGAGUUCAUGCUCAGAGUAUUGAUUAUGUGCGUCCAUGCGGAAGUUGGCGUUAUUGUGCAACCAGAUUAGUGUGUAUGGUUUUGUUUGGUUCUUUAGGGUUAUGUCAUUAUUGUAAAUCUAGUCGUCUUAGUGAGUCUAGACUGAGUCCUUCAGUCUCCGACUGCAACCUCAUUUUCCCUCAUGGAUGAUUUUGUCAUUGUUUAUUUAUGGUGAGCAUCUUAGUGCUUCCGUUGGCUAUCUUGAGACAUGGAAAUGCAGGAAAAUCAUUUGUUUAUCGAUUGCAUUAUCUCACUCACUGCCUUUACAGAAAGGCAAUGUUGGGAAAUGCACAGUUUGCCUGGAUACUAGUGGAGAAUUUUUGGGGAGUGAUGUAUAUAUCAAAUACAAUUGUAUUUGUCACAUGCUUCCUAAACCACAGGUGUAGCUCAACAGUGAAAUGCUUAGUUACGGGCCCUUCCCAACAAUACAGAGAGAAAGAAAAUAGAGAAAUAAUAGAAAAGUAAUAAUAGAUACACAAUGAGUAACGAUACCUUGGCUAUAUACAUGGGCUACCAGUACCUAGUCGAUGUGCAGGGGUACGAGGUAAUUGAGGUAGAUAUGUACAUAUAAUUAGGAAUAAAGUGACUAGGCAACAGGAUGAAUAAUAAACAGUAGCAGCAGCGUAUGUGAUGAGUCAAAAAGGUUAGUGCCAACAGGGUCAACGCAGAUAGUCAAUGCAGCUUGUUUUAUUAUACAGCUUGUAUGUUACUACAGAACUGCGUGGUUUACCCCAAUAAAGCCAUGUGAAGUCUUUGUAUUUACCUACUGUCCAAACAAUGGCGGUAAGCCUGGAUGAAUGGAGCACCCCCCUCCUCUCUCGUUACAAUGAGAUAAUUAGGCUCAUGUUUCAUCUCUAUCGGAUUAAGAGAUCUUCCCAUCCCCCACCCCUAGAGACAGCUCUUCCCUAGACCCCUCUCCCCUCCCUCUCCCCACAUUGGCAUAGGGCCCUGGGCAGCGGGCACAAUCACCGCUCAAUCGCAUGUCCCUGUUUUUACCCAUCAGGGUAAUUGUAUUUGGCACACAUUUGAUAUCAUAAUGUACAUGCCGAUUGUUUUGUUUAUUAGGCAGAUAUUGAACUUCUUAUUCAACCCACAAUUGUACGUUUUCUAGUUGGCAUACAUUGGAUAUCAUGAUGUUCUUCAUAAUUAUUACGUUUAUUAGGCAGAUAUUUAAACUAAUCAUACACGACACACAACUGUCUCUAACUCUCCUCGUCUGUGCCCUACAGAGGCGGCACUGCACAGCCUGCUGGGAGCCCUGACCAGUGAGACGUACGACGACCCCACUCAGCACCUGGAGCGUGAGCAGGCGCUGGCCAAGCAGUUCGCCGAGAUCCUGCACUUCACACUGCGCUUCGACGAGCUCAAAGUACGUCCCAUUACAUCCCUGGCCUCCAUUUACUCAAUUUAGCCCAGAGUCCCCAGCAUUUAGCCCAGAGUCCCCGGCAUUUAGCCCAGAGUCCCCGGCAUUUAGCCCAGAGUCCCCGGCAUUUAGCCCAGAGUCCCCGGCAUUUAGCCCAGAGUCCCCGGCAUUUAGCCCAGAGUCCCCGGCAUUUAGCCCAGAGUCCCCGGCAUUUAGCCCAGAGUCCCCAGCAUUUAGCCCAGAGUCCCCAGCAUUUUCAUUUCAUUCAUCUCUUGUUGUUGGCCUAAGCUAAAGCUGUAGUUGGCCUAAGCUAAAGCUGCAGUUGGCCUAAGCUAAAGCUGUAGUUGGCCUAAGCUAAAGCUGUAGUUGGCCUAAGCUAAAGCUGCAGUUGGCCUAAGCUAAAGCUGCAGUUGGCCUAAGCUAAAGCUGUAGUUGGCCUAAACUAAAGCUGCAGUUGGCCUAAGCUAAAGCUGUAGUUGGCCUAAACUAAAGCUGCAGUUGGCCUAAGCUAAAGCUGUAGUUGGCCUAAACUAAAGCUGCAGUUGGCCUAAGCUAUAGCUGUUGUUGGCUGUACAUGGUUCACCUAUUCCUUUUGAUAACAAGCUAGCUAGUGCCGUCAUUAGCAUAACGAGGUGUUAAUACCCUGUUCAUUAGGUUUUUGUGCUGUACAUGAUUAAGCCUCAGCCACUGAACAUAUAAGUAUUUAAUUGAUACGUUAGGAUCGUUUCCUGGGAGUGCUGUAAUACUAUAGUCUUCUACACUGCUGGAAUGAAUGAAUGAAUGAACAAUGAGGUUGUGAAUAGGGAUGACUAAUAGGAUAGUGUAGUAAGCUGGUGCUCUUUGUCUGCAUCCCAAAUGGCGCCCUAUGUAGUGCACUACUUUUGACUAAGGUCCAUAGGGCUCUGGUUAAAAGUAGUGCACUACUGUAUGUAGGGAAUAGGGUUCCAUUUGGGAAGCACCCCUUAGUUGGGCGCACGUCUUCAACACAUAGAAACAUGGUUUAUAGUUGAUCACAGGGAAGAAACCCACAGAUUGAUUGUUUGGCUCAGUCGCAGACAAUACAACAAUACAAUACAACUCACAAGGCCUCGUUAGGCCCCCUGUUUCCACACACACUGCUCCUCAAACCAGCACCCUGACACCCCCAGGCACUCCGCCGCGACGCCCCCCUGCCCAGCUUCCCCAUACCCUGCAUGGGCUCUAAAAGCAUGAAGGUAGGGGGGUGCAAGGUGGCAUGCCAGGCACCAUUCAUCAAUCUUUCACUCCCCGUACCCCGACCACAGGCAUUGACCUAGUUAGAACACUCACCCACCCACCCGCCUGCCUAUUUUUUUAAAGCCACUCACUGGUGAAAUGGGGCUGUCUGGCCCUGGCACUAGCCACUAGCACUGACCGUCUAGCUGUAGCUAAGUGGACACAGACUGGGUACCAGUCCAUUAUGGUGGAAUUACCCUGCUGCUCAUGCCGGCCAGGCGUUAAGAUACUAAGGGGCUAAUAAUGUGCUGCAAGGGGUAAUUAGGGAGGCGUCUUUCUGCGUUGGAGGAGCAGGAGGUUGAUGUGCCGGAUGGGGUCCACUGAUUGACCAGUGGCUUAUUGAAGGUCAGCUCUGCUCAAGGCAAGGUCUAAUGAUCCUCUUUGCAGAAGGAAGGCAGCAGGGCAGAAGGCUGCAAACCUUCUGGCUUGAGGGCCACAUCAGGAUUUCGAAAUUCAACGGAGGGAUGAACAGAUUUUUUGGGGACCAAUUUGUUUGUCAAAAUCAAUUUGCGGGCCAGAAAAAGGGCAGUUAUUUGAAAAUAUAUAGGUCCAGUAUUUCAACAUACUUUACUUUCUCAAAUAGAAAAUUUAAUCAACUCCGAUCAAGUUUUAUUUGUCAUGCUUCGUAACCAACAGGUGUAAAAUAACAGUGAAAUGCUUACUUACGGGUCCUUUUCCAGCAAUGCCGUUAAAGAUAAAGAUGACAAAUAAAAUAGAAAUAGUGACACGAGGAAUAAAUACACAGUGAAUAACAGUAAAGAGCAAUAAGAACAUGGCCAUAUACUCUAUCUAGUUGUAUCUAUACUCUAUCUAGUUGUAUCUAUACUCUAUCUAGUUGUAUCUAUACUCUAUCUAGUUGUAUCUAUACUCUAUCUAGUUUUAGACAUUGAAGAGUGGGAUGGAGUGUUUAACUCAUAAUAAUAACACCCCCACCCCCCCACCCAUUUGUAUUUUAUUUGUAAAUGUUUUUUUACUCAAACCACCCACGGGCCGAAUUGAAUGGGCUCGCGGGUCAGAUCUUGGCCGUAGUUUGCCAACCCCUGCUCUAACCUGUACGGUCUGUAUACAGUGUAUAAUGAGAGCGUCUCCAGCCUCUCGUCUUCAGUGUUGUUGAUGCUUCUGUCACGAUGCCAAACACACUGGGCCACUGCCCACUGCUAAAGGGAGCUAACAAGGACUUCAUUCAUUGACAAGUGAAAAUAAAUGCAUCCUAGUUUAAAGGACUAGUGUGGAAAUAUCCAGCGGUAUGAAAUCCGCUUCAGUAAAUAAAUGGAAGAUUUAAUCCUAUCAAUGUCCUUUUCAUUCCAUCUCCUCCCCCAGCUAUGUAUCUGCCUCGUUUGCUAAAACAUCCUGUCAUGACGAUGGUGCAUUUGAUCCAGAGAGCUGAAUGUCUGCUGCCGCAGGCCGUGUGUUCUACCUUCACACACACACACACACACACACACACACACACACACACACACACACGCCCUGUUUGUAAUGUUCACGUUAAUCCUUGUGUUGCAGAUGACUAACCCUGCCAUCCAGAAUGACUUCAGCUAUUACAGGAGAACUUUGAGCCGCAUGCGGAUCAACAAUACACCGGUGAGCUGACCUCUAUAAUCUAAGGGGCUGAUGGUCUCCAGUUUGGUGCCUACACCACAGGCCCUCUGGGAUACGCUGGUGUUAAAGGAAACCCCCCAGACAGACCCUGUGCCCCAGUCCUCCAUUAACAUUACAGGCUAUAUAGGGGCAUUAAGGGCUAUAUGAGAACUACUUCAUCAUUAGAUCUCGCACUUAGUUGAUCAUCAAUACAUUUAAAGGCAGUACAAGUUCAAUGUGUUAUCUUUAACCCCCCCCCCAGUAAUUUUAUGGGGAAAAUGAAGUGUAUUGGUGCACCUCAGGGCUCAGUAUUAUGUUUCCUGAUAUUUAAAUCUAUUUGGAAUGCAGUAUUAUUCAGAUGAGAAUAUUCUUGCGAUAGCAUGACAGGCGUCCAAAGGACAAUUCAGACUCCUUUCUCCACACAGCCAUGCUUCAAAGAGACAGACGGUAUACCUUUUUUUAAUGGCACCAAUGACAUCAGAGAAAGGUCUGAAUUUUUCAAUAGCUCUUUAGUAUAUAAAAUGAACAGAAUUCACCCUUGUUCUUGAGACACACGUCUGUGUCUGGCCUGCAGCAGCUUUAUUCCCUGUACAACAUAUGCCAUUACGCAAAUGGCCCCAGACGGUCCCGACUGUUAAGACCUGUCACUGCUAGAGCCCGUCUCCAUGUCUCAAAUGGCACCAUAUUCCCUUUAUGUGCCCAUAGGGCUCUGAUCAAAAGUAGUGCACUAUGUAGGGAAUAGGAUGCUGUUUGGGACGCAGCCUAUCUCUACCUAGCCACUGAAAAUUCCCUCCAGCUCAGCAGUACAGAGGAGCAUUACUUUGCACUCAGCAUUCAGGCACUGACUACUGGAAUCACUGAGACAUUUUAUACAAAGACACGAGACGUAUCUGUUCCGGCAGAAAAUAUUUCUUCUUUGAUACUUUUUUUUAUGUGACAUGUCUUGACGUUCUGGGGGAUUAUUCAUUCCUCAUUAGAGAAUAAAGGCAGUCUUUAAGGCAGGAAAAGCAUCUCCUUGCCGUUACUGAACAUUUUUCUCUACCAGCAACUACUGGCUCAAUAAUAUCCACGGUGAACGGUGUCUUUUUUUUUUUUAGGCAGAGGGGGAGAAUGAAGUCAACAAUGAGAUGGCCAACCGGAUAUCUCUCUUCUACGCCGACGCCACGCCCAUGUUGAAGACAUUAAGCGACAGCACGACAAAGUUUGUCUCUGAGGUGAGAGGGUUCACAGCUUCCUUACCUGGCAACCUUGAUAUUUGACACUUUUCUCAUUAGUAAUCGAAGUGACCAAUACAACAAUGCUGUUUACAGAAUAAAAAAACAUCCCCUCUCUCUUUCUGUUUGCUCAGAAUAAGAACCUGCCCAUCGAGAACACGACAGACUGCCUAAGCACAAUGGCGAGCGUGUGCAAAGUCAUGUUGGAAACGCCGUAAGUGAUCCCAUCCUCACUAAAUCAAGAUCAUGUCAAUGUCAUGAAAACUACCGAUCUGGGAUCAGUUUUGCCUUUUCGAUCAUAAGGAAUAUAGUUAUAUGGACAGGGCGGACCUGAUCUAGAUCAGCAAUCUGUGUCUGUGUUUCCAGGGAGUACCGAAGCCGCUUCACCAGUGAGGAGACAGUCUCAUUCUGCCUGCGCGUCAUGGUGGGCGUCAUCAUCCUGUACGACUACGUACAUCCUGUCGGAGCCUUCUCCAAGUCCUCCAAAAUCGAUGUGAGUACAGGGAGGAGCUAUGUCCUCCAUGCUACCAGUCCCAGAGGAUUGGACACGCAUGCGCACACACACACAACACUGAUUAAUCUUACAUGCCGUUUUCUGCUUCCCAGAUGAAAGGGUGCAUCAAGGUCCUCCGAGAUCAACCGCCCAACAGCGUAGAAGGCCUUUUAAACGCUCUCAGGUAAGGCCCAGCAUUUCUGUAGCAUGAACAACGAUUUUCUUUAACAGAGAAGAUGUUUGAGUGAAUAUCGUUGUAACCUUUUUCCUCUCACACUUUAACAUACAGUAGCAUAUACUUACUGUGAAAUAAAAUAUUUGGCCACUUUUCCUUCAUUAUUAUUUAGUAGGGAUUAGAAUCGAUAUGUGUUUAGUGUUUCAGUUAAAUGUCAAAUCCCACAGUUUUAGAUUUAUAGAAGAUCAGAGCGGAUUACAUUUCUUUGAGCCCUGGCCCCCUGCUCUUUUCUCAAAUCUAAGUGGCUGAUGCUCGCAUCUGUUCGCAGCUGACAUGGCCAUUUCCGUGGCAACCGCGCUCACAUCUGCAUAUCACACCACCAGGGCCUUCGGGCAUGCUCAGUCGCUCUCCUCCAGUCGCGUGAGGUCACUCCAAGGCCUCCCGCCUCCAGUCCUCUUUUCUCUCUCUGUCUCUCUGUCUGGGAUUUCACAUCUGUCUAUGAGGGGAGAACGCCAGACUAGGAAAUCAAAUAUCAGAGCUAAUAACUGCCGACAAGGCUUUCUCACACUCUUGACACCCUUUCCGGUAGAGCAGUCGUGUUACUUUCACAGAUCCUGGAACUGAUCCCUCUGUUUCUGUCUGUCUGUUCAUCUGUCUUGUCUGGUCUGUCGGUUCAUCUGUCCCUCGCAGGUACACAACCAAGCAUUUGAAUGACGAAUCGACCAACAAAACCAUCAAGAGCAUGCUGCAGCAGCAGUAGGACUGAAACUCUGGAACAACCACUCGCCUCACACCCGGUUCAGGAGACAUCGACUCUCUCUCUCCCCAACGACGUCGGUGCACAGAAUGUUUUUUUUUUCUUGUUGUGUUUUCUUUUAAAUGGAGUAAGAGCUGCAGCUCCACCCCUUUUUAUAACGCAAAAUGCUACUGCCAUUAUGUACGUCUUUUCUGUGCCAAAAAUAUGUUGCUGAGAUUUAAAUGUUUUCCAUAAAGGCCAUACAACAAGAUGAAGGCUAUGGAAGCAUUGUGGGUUCUCUUUUUUUUUAUUUUAUAUAUAUAUA